AUGGCCGCAUGGUUUUCAUUCUGGUUCGUACUGAGCGGUUUUUCUGUGACAUUUCUCGCCGGUGACAAAUUGCAUCGUUUAAAAUCUGCGGCCUACGACGAACUGUACUCGGAUGCGAGACAUGCGUACAGCAAUGAGAAGUGGAAUGAAGCUGUUGAUUUAUUCGAGAAAGCGAUUGCUGACUACAAUCACGAGAAAGAAGUGAAAAUUUACUGCAGAUCUCGAUGUAGGGAUAGAUUCAGAGCUUCGUCUUCUCAUAACUUGAUAAGUGAUUUCGAGCUAGACUACUAUCGCUACACUAUUUAUUCUCACAAGUGUUCACAACAAUGCAGGGAAAAAUAUCUUGGAAAACGGACAAAGGUUUCUGCAGCAGUGAAGAAUGAUUUUGAAUCAAGGAAGACGUAUGCUUAUCUGCAGUUUGCUUACUACAAGGUGGGUCAUAAGUGUAUGAUUUGUUGUUUACUACAUAUGUAUUUCAAUUCAUAAACAAAUAACGCACACGGAUGUGGAUUUGUUCAUAUUUUGUCAUAUCUUGUUAUGCAAAUGGCAAAUGUCAUUGGCUUCCCCUUGGGGUCAGACCCCAGGUUACCCAGGGGGAUUGUAUAAUUGGUGGAGCAAAGUUGAUAAUUCCCCCCAGGAAUGGGGGAAUAACAAAAAGUCCUUUGGUUCAACUGCUUCUCAAUGGAAAAUCCCCCUGAUAUCCUAAGCCUCAAAGCCUCACUCCCUUAUUUGGCCUAUACAGGUAUGUGUCGCUGAACAGGGUAUGGGUUUCAAGGUCUUAAGUGUCACACAGGGUAUGCAAUUUCACUAUUAAGCAUCUUGAACAGUCUUUUUGGACUGGAAGCCUUUCAAAGAGUGUGAAGACUUGCAAUGAGCGGUCUACAUUAAUGCAAUACCAAUAUUUUUUCCUAAAUAUCCAUUUCCACGAUUUUAGUAGGAAAAAUUACUUAAUUCGGUAUACAAAACAAUACAAAUCAGGGUCAGAAAGUGGCAUCUCCUGUCUUAAACAGGGUAGCGAAAUGAGCAAUUUUUGUCUUAAACAGGGUCAGGGCUUGAAGGCCUCAACGGCACAGCUCAACAUAGACUUGAGUGCCCCCCCUGGGAAUUCCCUCCCCCCCCCUUCCCCCUUUCCUUUGAACUUAAAAGGAAAGGGCAGAAACCAAUCCAUCCCCUUGUUUUCACCAACAUAUUCCCCUGGUUUGCCUGGGGUGCUACCCCAGGGGGGCUGAAGCCGAAAACGUGCAUUACCAUUGGAACAAAAUACACCAGGCAGCUGUCAUAGAUGCUUCCAUCUGGAAAUGUCUUAUUACAAGACUUACCUGUAAAUACUAUGUGACAGAUACACAGUGGAUGAAGAGCAUGUUUAGGAGACUCUGCGUAAAUAAAUAACUCGCAAAUGCAACAGAUAGCUAGUUCUUUGCAAAACUGUAAAUAAAUGUCAAAUGUACCCUCCAACCGCCCCCUCAUCAGUUUGCCGAACCUCUAACAAAGACAUCAAGUCUCUCAAUAAAAAUCAUUCUUGUUUCUGUCACAUGCUUUCAGUCUCUUUCAUAGCUUGAUCAGAGACUGAUCAGGGUACUUGAAUGUACAUGUAUGCUAAUGGUACAAAAAUUGUAAACAAGGAUUCAUGAACCCUUAUAAAUGCUUGUAUUCAGUAGGCUAUAGCAAAAUGUACUCGACAAAAAAGAGUGAAAUAGAAUGUUUACAAGGGUUCACCUGCAUUAUAUUUUAGGUGGAAAGGUUGGUGGACGCAGCAAGAGCUGCGUACACAUGCACUGAGAUCCAAGCACAGGAUAAAACCAUGGCUGAGAACGUCCAUAUCUACAGAAAAAUGCCGGGAGUAGAGGAAGCUGGUAUCAAUUCCUUAGAGCCUACAGUGCACCAAGAGAACUACUUUAAUGCUGCCAAAUUAUAUGAACAAGAACAGUGGCAUGAAGCCAUCCAGACUUUUGAAGAGGCUUUAAAGGAGUAUUACAUUGCUUAUGAAAAUUGUAAGACUAUAUGUGAAGAGGAACGAGAGCAGAACAAGAUCUUAAGCAGGUCUGGUCUGUUUGGUGUACAUGUUGAUGUCUUGAAAUGUCGCACUAGAUGCCCAGAUAAGCUCAGAAAAGUUAAGGGAAUCUAUGUUCGGAACUAUCUUGCAAGACAUUUUAAUUAUCUUCAGAUGGCUUAUUAUCAAGGUAAGGCAUUGACUUUUUAACACAGAAAAUUCUGCCAAAUGGGCGAUUCCAGUAAAUAUCCAUACUAUACCACGGACGGCUUUUAGGAUUUCCGAAGGGGAGGGGGGGGUUCACGAUUAUGGAAUUCUGAGGGCAUGGGGGGUAUUUACGAUUGGAAAUCCGAAGGCAUGGGGGAAUUCCACAGGUGGGAUUUCUGGAGUAGAAAGUGUAGAGUGAGUUCCUUGAAAAUGCUAUUGUGGACUUUUGUAGUUCGUAAAUAAACCACGAACGUAUGACUGCGGAAGCAGAAGACAAGACUCGAUAGAUCAGACAUGUGUUUACAAUCAUAACUUAUAGAGGUGAACAGUAAAACUUGGGUUUACAUUUACCUUGAUGAAUUUCUUGUAAAACUGAAAUAACUUGCACCAGUUCCUUGCUUCCAAGGAACGCCUGUCAGGGUUUUCAUGCACACUACAUGACCUAUAAAAGGACGCAACAAGACUCGACGGUGUAUUUGACCGCCAAAAGAUUUCAACAGUCUGAAUUUGAGCUAUUUUGCUUUGUAAACGUCAAAACAGCACAAGAAAACAAAGAGGAGUAAAAUUACCGUGAGUGGUGUUUAUUUUUAUAGCCAAAUUCGGACUUAAAAAGGAGUUUGCACAGCCUGGCCGCUAGCGGUAGGUUUUUCUUGUCGCUGUAGAGUAAAGCUUGUCACCUGGCGCCGCUAGAUCACAGCCUUGAGGAGGCAUAAAUUCAAGUUCGUUUGUUCAUAUAGGCGUUGCUAGGUUGAAAAUGUACUUCCAAAUAAAAACUGAAAUUCUGAAGGGGAGGAGGGGUUCACGAUUAUGGAAUUCUGAGGGCAUUGGGGGGGGGGGGGGGGGGGGGAACCGUUUUUGGGAUUUUCCGGGGGAAGAGCCCACCCGGGGGGGGGGGGGGUUUUUUUUGGGAUGUGCCAAUUUGAAAUUUUUUUUUGUUUUUUGGUCAGACUUUAAUGGCCCUUUUUUUUGGGAUGGGUUGUUUUUAGAGGGUACUUUUUCAAGUAUAGUGUGUUUUGUUUGUUUUUUUAUUCAGAUUCGCCGCCCCCCUCCUCUGACCCGCGCUCCCCCCCGCCGCGUCUGGUGGGGGUGGUGGUGGGGGGGGGGGGGGGGGGGGGUGGGGUGGGGGGGGUGGGGGGGGGGGGGGGGGGGGGGGGGGGGGGGUAACGCAUUUUGGAAUUUCCGAAGGCAGAAGCCGUCCGUGGUUGGGUGUGGAUAUUUUCUGGAAUUGCCCAAUUUGAAAUUGUUUUUGCUUUUUUGGUCAGACUUAAAUGGCCCUUAUUUUAGGUAGAGGUUUCUUCUACAGGUCACAUUUUACAGGUCAUGAUUACAAAUCAUUCUUUUACUGAUAGGAAACUAAACCAGAUAGUUUACCAACAUUUUGGAUAGGGAUGAGGGUUCAGAGACACUUCUGGUCCUGUUUAUUUACUGUGUAGCCUGGUAACCAGUAUUCGGACCCGUGGAAUACCCAAUGUCUAUGCUCAGUAAGGCUCAUUUGGGUGUGGUUUGAAAUAUCUCUUAAGUUAGGCAUUUAACUUGUGUAUUUUUGACUGAAGGCGGAUGAGUGAUCUCCGCAGACAAGGGGUGUGAUUCCACAUGGCUAUGGGCAGUAAUGGUGUGUGAAUAGAUCUGGUGGGGGAGAGGCUUUCAAAGAAAGUUUGGGUGUGGGUGUGCCCCCUGUCUAAGACAAAUAACCUUAUUUCACGAUCCUCAUUUAUUUCAUUUUGCAUUUCAAAUUUUUGUUGCCGAUCUAUCCAUCAAAGGUUUAUCCUGGGAGGUCCAACCCCAAACCCUUGUCCUAGCUUUUAUAAUACCACUAGGGAACUUAAGAUAGAGACGUUUUCGGGGCGACGGCAACUUCAACCGGCAUGACAUCAUCAUUUGUUGGAUAUUGCGCAUGCUCGUGCUCACCACCUUGCCGUCGUGGUCCCGUCGGCGACGUGAAACUGGUCUGUUUGGCGUUGUGGCGAAAACAUGAGUAUUUAACUUUCAUUUCAAUCAGGUUUGUUGCGUUUAGCAACCAAAAUUUUGCAGAUUAUCGUUCUUAAAUUGUCCUCGUUUUCUUUGAGGCACAUUCAAAGCUCGAUUUCCAAGCUCUGUUAUCUAAAUUACAUCUUUGAAUGUUUUCAUGUCACAGGGUCAAGAUCCAACUUGGCAAACAGCCAACCGUAAGUGAGCUUGACAUGGACAAAAUUCUCCUUCAAGCCAAAUAAAAGUAUCCAGACAAAAAAUAUGAACUCCGAUAUUUCAAUUGUGUGUUUUUAGUUCGCUCUUUUCGUUAGAAUAUCGUAUAAAUGAAACGCAUUGAAAAUUAUAUAGAAUAGUAGGUAAUACCAUGUACUAACUCAGCGUGGGAAUACUGUAAUAAAGUUGUUGACGUUGUUGUUGUUGUUGCAUGCAAGUAUUUCCCGGGAAUUAUUUCAAUACCAACUAAGAAUACGGUUCCUUGGUAGCAUUUUAAUGUUCCUGUAAUUUGCAACGCUUCGGCAAGCCUGUGGAGAUCAUUUUUUUUUUCAACACGAAAUUCUACCCUGAACUCAGCUGCAUCCCGCAUGUUUUUUAGCGUGAACGGAUCGUAACUGUCCCGAGGAAAAUCGGGAUUUUUGGACUCAUAAUUUUCUCACAAAACGAGAAACUCUUCAUCCGAUGCAUGUUGUCUGCAUAGCAAAUAUUUAUUCUCUUAAUUCUUUAUGUGAAGCCAUAUUUUCCUCUUCGGUAUUCUUCUAAUUAAAGGCGCCGUCCUUCUGAGUUCACUGCGAUCUUAAUGUUCUAUUUUUGACGGGAAGCGACGGCUGCCUUAGUUCCAGGCUUUCUCUGCCAGUCCGGUCGCCGUCGCCCCGAAAACGUCUCCAUCUUAAGUUCCCUACUAAUUCUUUGACAGAAACGUCACCCCUUUCACAUACCUAGCUUAGAACAUUUCAUCCCUUUUAACUACUGUAAAUCCAUUGUCUUAAAAACAUGAGUAAUUUUCUCUAUUUUUUUAAAGUCAAAAAAAUGCAUCUGUAAGCCCUUUUGAGCCUUUUUCUACAUACAGAAUUGUCAGAUUUCCCAACCUUUGAUAAUACUUUGAUUAGUGAAAUCCCUACCCUUUCAUAUACCUAAAGCAUGAAAAAGGUACCUAUUUCAGGUGGAGCCACUCCAUUGCAGUUAAUAUCCUUUUUGCUUGGUUUAAUUAAGAGUCUUAUGAUUUCUUUUUCAGUGGACAAGCUCUGGGAAGCCGCUAGUUGUGCUGCAUCUUAUUUAUUGUUUGAUCCAGAUGAUGAUACAAUGAUUGACAAUCUCAGAUUCUUUCAUCAUCAACUUGGAAAUGAUGGCAUAAAAAUAACAGCUCGAAGGGUAAAGCUGCAUCUUAAGCUAUUUUCAAUCAAUAUCUGUUAUUUCUGUGUUGUGCACAUGGUGUACAUGUACAUGAGUGUUUAAAAUAUUUCCUCAAACAUGCACAGAAAACCUCUCUUUACAGUAAGUGUCAAGGUUUUCCCAUUUAUUCUUUACAAGAAAAGUUCCAGACUAUUUACAUUGUAUUAAGUUAGUAUAGUUAAAGGCCAUUAUUACUAUCAUGCAGAACCAUAAACAAAACAGUCAAUCCAAUUGUUGUCCUUCGACACUAUACAUGUGCUUUCAGGUCUUUGAGGCAAAAUCCUAUAGUUUGGCCAUGCAUUCCAAUGAAAUUUCCCCAUCAGUACUUUAUUGUGGUACUUUUUGCUCUUUAAUACUUGACAUGAUAUUGUUUUUCAAAAUAUUGAUUUGGAUGAUCAAGUGGAGUGAAGGGAUUUAGGUUUUCAUAGUAAAUUCCUCUCCUCAUUCACUGUGUUAGCUUUACUUCUUUUUAUUUCAAACUUUAUGAGCAUGCAGAUGUUGAUUUUGACAUUGGCAUACAUGUAUGCCAAACAUUUAUGCAGUUUCAUCAUUAUGUUAUAUGUUAGAUAAAAUAUCUUUGCAUACUUACUCAUUACUCUACUGAUUAUGGGUUAAAAAGCAGUGUUGACUCAUAUAAGCACAGAUGUCAAAUUAAGUACAUCUAAUAAUUAAAAAAUAAUAAUUAGAAAUGUGUGCCUGGCUUAUGUAAUAGCAAUGUACUGUUCCAAACAUAUAUUGCUGCAAUAUUUUCUCGGACCAGAGUGUGGAGGGGUGUUGUAGACCACUCAGAACAUCCAUUGUCACAUGUGAUUGUGGUGACACAUUGUUUGAUUUUAGGAUGCCAUUCGCCAUUUCAAAGAAACAGCCAUAGAGCGUAAGCUGCUGCAAAUGGCUGAUGUUUAUAUGGCUGAAGCUGAUUUUGAUGACAGUGAUACAUGGUUUCAUGAUGGAAAAGAUGAUGAACCUGAAGAUGUAAACAUUGAGGUGAGCUCAUGAAUAAUGUCAAUUACAUGGAUCUAAAUCUGUGAUGUGUUCAGUUGGACCUGCAGACCAUUAUAAUUAUGUUACAGGGAAAUGUUUAUCAACUCUUGUACAUGUAGCUACAGUUGCAUCUGGAAGAUUAAUUAUCAUGUGGCUCACUGUCAACUUAAUAAUAGUAAUUAUAAUAAUAAUAAUAAUAAUAAUAAUAAUAAUUUUUUAAUAAAUUUUAAAUUGAACAUAUUUUAUUGAUAACAAAAAUUAAUGCUAGCUAUUAAAAUCCUAUUUACAAUAAAUUCACUUAAAAAAAAUUUCUUCCAUCAAAACACUAUUUACAAUACCUUUUGUUAAAAAAACACUUAUUUUUGAUUAGAAAAAAUUCAUUUAAUUUUAAAAAAAAUUUUUGAGUUAAAAACAUUUCAUUUCAAUUAAAACAAUCCAUUUUGAUUAAAAUAAAAAAGAAACUAUAAUGAUAAUAAUAAUAACGUAACCUCUAUGGGUAGUGGAUGUUAGCCCGAGAUGCGGUCAUGUGAUUCAGAUCAAUGGCAGGGCUAAAAAAAAGUCCUGUCCACUAGUCUCAGACAAGUAGAUUUUCUUGCUGGGCAAGUAAACUUUGAAAUCAAUCAAUCAAAAACUUUAUUAGAGUGUCUGAGCUUCUAGCUCACCACAAGUGGUGCACUACUUGGUAGAAAACUCACUUGCCCAAUGUUCGAGGGUCAAGGCAAGUCAUCCUCUAACAAAAAUAAUCAUCAAAAUGUGAGGACAGCUUGAACAAAGGACAAGCUGGAAUUCAAGAUUUUUUCGAACCCUGAACGGAUGACCCUUCAUCAUCUGACUAUCCAUCCACACAGUUGUACAGCUGGCCACAUAUCUCAGAAGUUUUUGGAUGGAUACAUUUAGGUGACAAGCUAAGAUUUCAUUAUCCUUGGUGUUACUAACACUUGUAAAUGCACCUACUUUUGGUGCGUGGGACUCUGAUAUAAGUUUGCUACUGCUUUUGGUGUGCAGCUCUACCUAAAGUUUAGUCACUUCUAUUCCUUUGGCAUGAUUAGCUCUGCUGUAAGUUAUGCUUAAUUUGUUCGUUUGUCAUGAGUACAUGCAGCUCUGCUAUAAGUUUUGCUUUGGUUUAAGGACUUGAUGCAAGAUGAAGAGAAUGUUUACUCAUUAGAGAAGCUUUGGGGACUGGGGCCCAUCAAGAAAGAAUCACCAGUUCAGAAUCCACAAGAUGUUGUUAAAUUUGACAGAUAUAAGGUGAAUACUAAGAUCUAUGGUCAUAUUCAAUAUCAUCAUUAUCGAUACAAUGUACCUUGAGAGAAACAUAGAACAUAGAACUUAGAAUCAAUCUAGUUGUGUUGUGCAUUUAAGACUUGGUGGGUUACAGGGGUUAUAUAGGGAAAUAAAAUUUGAAGUAAGCAGCUGUUUUGAGGAGAAAACUUAUAAGGUUUCAGCAACAUUUGAAAGAAUCUUUCUGUAAUGACUGUAAUUUUGGGUGAAAAGUAGUCAACGUAUUAAAACAAAUUAAGGAGCCAAUCCUUUAUGUUGGCUGUUAGUUCUUACUGGAAAUGACAUUCUUCAGAUGUCAUUUUGCAAAGAAACCAGUGUUGGCUAGAAAAAUGUUGGCUGUUUCUUAGGCUAAGGAAUGUUGUAUCCACACUAGCACUGUAGGGGGUAUCUGAACUUUCUUCCUUUCUCUUCUUUGUAAAGGGGUCAAGGAUCUUAAUGACUGAGAAAGAUUUGAAUGGGACUGCAAGGGUUGCAGUGGAUGGCAUGGCAACAGAAGAAGAAUGUAAAAUGCUUAUCAAACUUGCUGAGGUAUGCAGUUCGUUUUCUUCACCUUAAUCGCUGCUUAUUUGUUAAAUGCGUUAGAUCUUCACCAUCAGUUUGCAUCACCAUUCGAUUCACACAUGUACAAGGCUGAAUUCUCUCAGGGUUUGUAACUCAAUCAACAUUCCUGAAAAAUUACAGGUGUUCACUGUUCCUGAGUUGGUGAUAUUAUAACACUUAUCAUCCGAUUUUAUUUCUUUUCGUGAAAGACCUUGAAAGGGAUAAAUUAAAAAUCAUUCAUUCAAUGCAGCACAUGAUGUGCAAGAAAAAGUGACUUGAUAUUACAUGCACUGUAAUAAUAUGAUUUAUUUCCAAUAUUUCCAGUCAACUCUUUCUAAUCGGACACUUCUCUGCAAGAAAAAAUUUUAAAAGUCACAUUAUAAAGUCCCACUCAGAAUGAUAUGUUCUUAUGAAUAACACAGAAGUCAUUUAAAAUUAUUGUCAAAGUUGUUAGCAAAAUCUCAUUAUGUACAUAAACAAAAUAUGAACAAAAAUUUAAAAAAAGAGUAGUGGUGAAUGUAUUAAAUAAAAUAAUUAUUAUCUAUAAAUGAAUGAAAAUACGUUAACAAUAAAAAUCAAGAAUCUGAAACUAUUCAAAAUUAUCACAAUUUUUGAAUUUAAAUGAUUUAAUAUUAAAUUUUUGUGCUGUUUACCACACUGUUUUUCUUGCAAGUAUUUUUUGACAUUCAAUUAACCCUUUCACUGCCAAACGUGGCCAAAGGCAAAUUUCGACCAAAUUUCCAAAUUGCAUUCCCUAAAAUUUUGAGAAAUAAAUAGUAUCACGUGAAAGUACAGGAAGAGAGCUUUCAUUUGGAUGAUCACAUCAUGGGAUUUCGUCCGCAGACUCAAAAGUUAGUGUCACCUUACAAAACUCCACCAAGUACUCCGGCUGUGAAAGGGUUAAUAGUUCAUUACUUGUCUGCAGGUUGUAUAUUCAUAUUUCACAUUUUCAUGUUUUAAAUUAUUUUGUUUUUAUUUAGUGACUACACAGAUUUUGCUGCCUCCUUAUGUAAGCAAUAGUAAACGCAAACCACAAGCUGGCAACUCUCAUUAAGAUUUAGCAAGAAGCUAGUUGCGUAUUCACAUAAAAAAUUUCCUUACACCACUGUUAGUAGCCUAUUACCUCAGGGGCCUGUUUCCCAAACGUCCGGCUAACUUUUGAGGCCCAGAAAGCUGCUUUGGAUUUGUUAUGUUUGCAUUCAAGAUCAAAGUUUCAAUAAUUUUGAAAAUAACACAAUGAAACUAAAUGUGAUACAACUCACAAAGGCAGCUUCCCUUUCCCCUCCCCCACCCCGCUCCAUUGGCAGCGCUAGUUUUCUAACCAAUGUAUGCCACAAUACUUCUUAUAUGGUUGUUGCCAGCUUGUGACGUAAAUAAUCUUAAACAAUAACGACAUGACCCUCUUAAAAUUAUCAAAUCAAGAUUUUCACCAAAGGCACAGUAAUAAAGUAAGCCGAUUGAUUCUAAAAACAGAGCUUGGCCGAUAUUCAACAAAGCUGGAUUCUAAACCUAAUACCAUAACACUCUGUGCUAUAAACAAUGUCAAAAAGGCUUGAAGGACGAGCUUGAAAACAUAAAAUGUACAAUGUCCUUGAAAUAACCCAGCUACAAACGAAUCUAAAUGUGAACUGUUUUUGUUAAACCUCGGUCUAAGUUAAAAUUAUUUACCGUGUGUUUUCGUAAUUUGCCGGUAAACCAUUGUAACGAACUGAAAGUUUCUUUAACUAAAUCUUGAAGAAGUUAGCAAAGUGAAUUAAAAAGUGUUUUAAUCAAAUUGUAUUUUUUGUUAUGUCUUUGCAGUGGUCUUGCCAUUGCAGCAAGUGAUCUUUCAAUCCAACGCAGAUAGAUUUUAGGAUAAAGAAUCAUUCUUUGAUAAGUUUCAAUUAGUUACGCCCGUAGUAUCUGUAACUAAACGAACGAGUACUGAACAUGACCUCUUGUUUGAUCUCUUCGUUUCCAUGUUACCGCGAGGUCUUACUGUUAAAAUACUCUAUGUGUUCAGCUUAUCAUUUUGGAAGGGUAUUCAUUAAUCGGGAACUGUAGUAGUAUUGAAAUGAAAUUAACUAACAAUUUCAAAGUAAAGCCUAAAAACUUCCAGCGGAAGCCUCCUUUAAGCUUCAGUGAAACGGGCAACAAAGACCCGCAACUUGUUUUACAACAUUGCUGCAAAGCAAGUUUUAAAGUGAUGCUGGCCGUUUUACCGCCCACGUUCAAACCUGAAAGCAACCUGAUUUGUUACAAGACAGGUUUGAUGUGGGUGGUUAAACGCACAAUAUCGCUAUUCAACUCGUUUUUGCAGCAAUGUUACAAGACGAGUUGCAUGUUUUUUGAUGCCCGUUUUUCCGUAACUGAGAUCGCCUUCAGUCAAAUCGAACGGUCGAAAUACGCAGUUCAGUCGGUGAUGGUUGGUGUUUUUAGUCGCUUGAUCUUAAUUGGAGGUUUCCUCUUUGUCCUUUGAAAAAGCUCACUUGCAUUUUAAGUGGUGUUCUUCGGGGAAUCGGAAAUUAACUUAUUUCAAAUCGAGGAGGGCUGGGUACGAGCCCGUUUAUUAUGGGAUAAACAUCACCAGAGCCACAGGGUCAUAACGAGAACAUUGAGCUAAGGAAACUUCUCAUGUCUGGUGUUAAUCGGGUGAAUAUUGAACAAGAUAGAGCUAUUUAAAAACUUGAAAAUUUACUAAGAGAAGUAUGGAUUGCCGAACACACUGUUCGGACGUCUUUACAUAACCAUGGCUCCUGAUACCGUAAAAUUCCGAAAAUAAGCCCCGGGGCUUAUAUUUUUCAAAGGCCCUUUUUGAGGGGCUUAUUUUUGGAGGGGCUUAUAUUCGGAGGGGCUUAUUUAUGGAGGGAAAUUUGCGUUUAAAAAUCGAUUGGGCUAGCCUUAUAGUUGGAAGUAAAUUUACCGUUUUGGCUUUGUUUUACUUUGUGUUUGAGGGCAAUUUCCAAGUACAAGCCCCCGGGGGGCUUAUAUUCGGAGGGGCGAUUUAACGGAGGGUUUUUUGCGUUACGAGUUUGGGGGGCUUAUAUUUGGAGGGCUUAUUUUCGGAAUUUUACGGUAUUUCUUAGUAAAUUUUUGAAUAGCUGUAUCUCGUUCAAUAUAUGCCCGAUCAACACCAAACUUGAGGAUUUCGUAAAUCUCGGUUUCCUCCUUCUGACUUUUGUGGGUCUCUUGUUGUUUAUCCCAUAAUAAACGGUCUCGUACCCAGCCCCCCACGGUUUGAAAUUAGGCAAUACAGAGCUUCUUCUCUUCGUCGAAGGGUUAGAUACCGGUGAGAUACGUCGAGCCGCCAACAGUCGCCGUCAUGAAUACUCGUCUGAUCAUCAUUACGUAUUUUUACGAAGUUGCCGUUGGGAAUAUUUCAACAGUCAAUUUGAAAGCGGAACUUUGAUUUUCCUUAAUGUACUAUCCGUUCGCGAUUAAUUAAGAAGUUUCCUUGAUAAUAAGCGUAACACCCUGAGUAUUUUAACCGUUUUGCAAUGAAAAGUGCCAAUCCAAUUGGUCAGUGAGGGUCAUGUCACGCUAUACAUCUGGAUCUUGAUCUGUUUGGUCUGUUCUAGAAGACAGCUAAACUUGGAGAUGGUUAUGAUGUCAGAAACAGUGGGGACAAACCGUUUUCUUUUACCGAUAAGGAAACAUUUUCCGGUGUCAAUAUACUAUCCGCGACAAAGGUGAGUGGCAAUCAUUAUUUCAACCAAUCAGGUUCUUGUUUUUUGGUUUUUCUUUCCUUAUUGUCAGACCAAAGGUACCGUUUAAGCAAAGGAAAAUUUAUCGGUGUUUGCUUUAAACUGAUUCAACUGUUUCUAAACGAAAAUUUGUAUUUCUUUGCUAUGUCACAUCCUAAACAGUAGUUUCCCUAGUUUUUUAACCAUGCGCAAAUUUCACAGACCGUAGUUCCUCGGUAUGUUCGGCUAAUAAGGAUGGGAGUGGUGGAACGUAUUCUUCGGUUAGGUCGUUUAUAAGAGCAUGGGCACUUUUUCUUGGAAAUAAGAUAACUUGGUAACUUCGGUUGUACCUUUACGUGUGAUGUAAAGGUGACGUUUGUCUUUACGGCUUUAAAUCCUAGGAUAUAACGAAGGGCCAAUGGUCUCGCAACAUUUGUUCGCUAUGACUAGAUUUCGUUAUGUCGAGGUCUAUUUUCAUAUAUUUGACUAUCAGUAGGGUUGAAAACAUCGUUCGUUAUACCGAGGACUUCGUUAUAUCGAGGUUCCACUGUAUUUAGGAGGGUCUUUUGAUGUGUUUAUUUACUUUCCCUUUACUAUAGGCAGCUCUUAACAAAAGGGCGCCAAUUGAAGAGGUGGAGCUUUACUUCAACUUGAGCGAGAAAGUUCGGCAUUUUACUGAAGAUUAUUUCCAACUGGAAACACCGCUGUAUUUUUCGUAUACGCAUCUUGUUUGCCGCUCAUCGAUUGUAGGUGAGUUUAACAGACUAAGGGAGCAACCUGAUGCAGUCCUAGGAACGGGGUUGCAAGUGGAGCCGGAUUGAAGCCGAAUUCACAAAUCUAAACAUAAUUGACAACCAUUUAGCCUUGACGAGUUGCAGCUGUUUGAAUUGCCCAUAACGUAGCAAUUUUUAUCUUAACUAAAAGAACACAAUACUACAAGAACUUCGAAAGAAUUUGGCGUUUUGAACAAAAUAAGAUUUUUUAAGAUUUUUUUCUUUUAAUGUUACACCCGCACAUAAUAGCAAAGUUCAAUAACGUACUCUUGUUUCUGAGCGUUUUAUUCUGUUUAAAUCUCUUAGUCAUGAAACAUUACAUUCGUUAACACUGCGGCCACAAAAAAGCGCAGUUCACAGCUUAAUAGGGUCUGUGGUAAGAGAAAAAUUCAAGUGUGUUUGUUUUCACAUUCAGACCCGAAGUCGCCCGAUGAAGAAUUCCACUUAAGUCACCCUAUUCAUUCGGACAACUGUAUCCUCAAUCGUGACGGACAAGGCACUUGCCCUAAAAGGUCGCCAGCUUACACUUGGAGAGACUUCAGGUUUGUACAACAAGCCCAACAUUGGCUUUGUUUUAAACUAUCUUAUUCUGAGUUAGCCUGAGCAUCGGGCUUUUUUUGGGGGGGAGGGGGAGGCGAGGAGAGAUCUUCACUCUCCUAGCUAUCCCCUGAGAAACAGGGAUGUGGCUGUAGCGAUGAUUUUUUUUGGACCAAAUUCUAUCACGUGACCAUUCAAAUAAAACCUCUUCAUGACCCCGGGUCAUUCCAAAAAUGAUUAAUUUAAGGGCCUUCUAAGUCAUAUUUUAACCGAAAUUGUGUCGUUUACGAAUUUUGUACUUGUUCUGUUACUAAGGAAUUUAUAAUAUUGUCAAGCCUUUAAUCAGAGACCCAGACUAUGCUACAUAACUCAAAGUGAUACUCUAGGAACGCGCUAAACAGCCUUCGAGCUACUGGGCCUAGCGUUUUAUAGUUUAUUGUAUUUUUUAACUAUUAUUGAUUUUACCUUUCAUUCAUAGACUUCUUUUAAUUAUUUAUGAACUCUUUGUUGUUGUUCUUAGUGCGCUGUUGUAUCUGAAUGGUGAUUUCAGUGGAGGAGAGUUUCUGUUUGCUAAUCCUGAUGAAUCUAUUCAGGUAUAGACCGAUGUUGAAAAAAAAUGCGUGGUUGUUUACUGGUUCUUUGUGUAAAACGACUUUUACCACACGUUCUAAACGGACACUUCACGUCAAAAAAGUGUACGCGGUGUAGUUCUCGUCCAACGUGAAGUCAAACUGUGGGAUAGGAUAUUUCUGAGGGUAGAAAAAGUUGAAAACUAAAAAUUGUAUGUUUUAAAACUACGCUAGUCUUAAGAAAGGAAGGGGUUAGGAUAGGGGUGGGAGGUGGAGGCGAAGUAACCAGAUAGCCAAAGAGCCCUUUCAAACCUCAAUUUUCUUCUUUUCGUCAGGUCUCUUCGAAACUGUAGUUAACUUGCUGUUGCUUUUAAACUCACCAUUUAAUCUUGAAAUCUUAUACUUGAAAAUUUUACGCUUAUACGGAUGGUGCUAUUUACGCGCCUGCUUUCCAAUUCUGUGCGUUUUGAAGGACGAAUAUUUUUACGUAUGCUCUGUAUUAAUUGGGGUAGGUAGUUAGUUUUUAAUCAGCAUGGCAGACGGACAAAUGGAAAGCAAGUCAUGUGGUUCUGUUUAAUUGUCAGGCCAAACUGAAACCAGAAUGUGGAAGAGUUGUAGCAUUCUCAGCUGGCCUAGAGAAUCUGCAUGGAGUUGCUGGAGUGCGCGAGGGUCGCAGAUGUGCUCUGGCACUGUGGUUCACUUUACGAAAGAAACACGACGAGGCGCAACGGCAUGAAGCUUGGAACAUUUUUAAAAUGGCCAAGGAACAAAAACGGCUGGAAAAUUUACCUGUUUUCACUCCUGAAGUAGCGACGCACGUAGAGUUAUAGUUUUCUAGUCCAUACUCAGAC